UAUCAAUCAAUGGGAUGCAUUUAAGAAAGAGAGGGUAAAUAUAGCAGAGAAUUUGUUUAUAGAAAUAGUUCAAUAAAACUAAUUGAUGGUGUAAUUGAAGAGAUUGAUUCAUAAGCCAUUGGUAUUUAUAAUUUGAAUAUUAUAAGUGAACCUCUCCUUAAAUCCUAUGACAAGUAAAUUAAGAGAAUAAGUUUAUAAAUAUAUAUACAAUCACUUGGAAGAUUUCAAUUUUAUAGAAUAGGAAAGAGACAUAAUUUAACUAGAAUAAUUAAGCAAUAAAGUUUUUGUAAAUACUGAAACCCUAUUAAAUUUUUAAAUUGAUUUUAGUUGCGGAGUAAAUGAUAAAUAUUAGAUAAGUGAGUGUGAUCUAAUGACUACUUUUGAGCAGAUCCUUUAAUUUGCAGACAAUACAUCUUAUCUCUAUCAAAUAUGCUUUACUGAUUAUAUUAUGUAUGAGAUCCAUGAUAUUGAUUAUAAUUCUUAUGCAGAUUGUUUAGUAAAAUCUGUUUUCAAGUAUAAUAUUUGAGCAAAUAGGUUUUUAACAUAAAAUAAAAAUAGACAUAUAUGUUCUGUCAAGUUUUUAUGUAUGAAAGCAAUAAAUGUAGUAUUUUGAUAAUUUAUAAUAGUUGAAUACGAUAUUUUAAAAAAUGAUGAAGUAUGAAAAUUAUGAUUUUUGA